UGGCAGGCGGAAGUGGGUGGAGCUCCGACUGACUGGGAAAUGUCAGCGGAUUGACUGGGAGCGGGUUUUCCUUUUCCCGAAGCUCACAGGCCUUCGGGUGAUCACCGCCACGGUCGCUUGGGACUGAAGGAUCCCUGACCCCGGCAGGCUGCGGCGGUCGCGAGGCUUCUAAGUCCCUUCCAGACGCUGUCUGGCGAGAUCUGAUGCUAACAGAUAUGGUACAGAACUACCCAUGAAUCAGUUUUGUUGGAGAUUGUGAACAUUCAAUAAUGAGUGGUGCAGCCUUAGGACUUGAGAUUGUUUUCGUCUUUUUUCUGGCAUUGUUCCUCCUUCAUCGAUAUGGAGACUUUAAGAAACAGCAUAGACUUGUAAUCAUUGGAACACUGCUGGCUUGGUAUCUCUGCUUUCUUAUUGUCUUCAUAUUGCCACUGGAUGUUAGUACGACUAUAUAUAACCGAUGCAGGCAUGCUGCUGCAAAUUCCAGUCCUCCUGAAAAUACCAAUGUUACGGGAGUCUAUGCAUCUAUCACUCCAGCUCCAAGACAGCAUCCAUGUUUCAAGCCAUGGAGUUACAUUCCAGAUGGAAUCAUGCCAAUUUUCUGGAGGGUAGUUUACUGGACAUCACAGUUUUUAACGUGGAUUCUGUUACCUUUUAUGCAAUCAUAUGCAAGAUCUGGAGGUUUUUCCAUCACUGGAAAGAUAAAAACGGCCCUGAUUGAGAACGCGAUCUAUUAUGGCACUUACUUACUGAUAUUUGGAGCAUUUCUAAUUUAUGUUGCUGUAAACCCACGUUUGCAUCUGGAAUGGAACCAACUUCAGACGAUUGGGAUAGCUGCUGCCAACACGUGGGGUCUGUUUCUCCUUGUAUUGUUACUGGGGUACGGCUUGGUGGAGAUUCCUCGGUCCUACUGGAAUGGAGCCAAAAGGGGCUAUCUUCUUAUGAAAACUUACUUUAAGGCAGCCAAGCUGAUGACAGAGAAAGCAGACGCAGAGGAGACUUUGGAGGAUGUAAUGGAGGAGGUUCGUAAAGUAAAUGAGAGCAUCAAGUAUAACCACCCAUUGAGAAAAUGUGUUGACACGAUACUUAAAAAGUGCCCUACAGAUUAUCAGGAAAAGAUGGGUAGGAAUAUGGAUGAUUAUGAAGAUUUUGAUGAAAAGCGUAAUACCUACCCAAGUGAAAAAAGUUUGGUAAAAUUGCAUAAACAGGUGAUUUAUUCCGUUCAGAGGCACCGCCGGACUCAAGUGCAGUGGCAGAUUCUUUUGGAACAGGCGUUUUAUCUAGAAGAUGUAGCAAAAAAUGAAACUAGCGCAACUCACCAAUUCGUUCACACCUUUCAGUCACCUGAGCCAGAAAAUCGGUUUAUCCAAUAUUUUUAUAAUCCUACUGUUGAAUGGUACUGGGAGUGCCUUUUGCGUCCAUGGUUUCACAGGACCCUUGCUGUGGUUUUGUCUAUCUUCUCUGUGAUUGUUGUGUGGUCAGAGUGUACCUUCUUUAGCACAACUCCUGUCUUAUCCCUUUUUGCAGUAUUCAUACAGCUGGCAGAAAAAACAUACAACUAUAUUUAUAUUGAGAUUGCUUGCUUCCUUUCCAUCUUCUUCUUAAGUAUCUGUGUUUAUUCUACUGUGUUCAGGAUCCGAGUCUUUAACUACUACUACUUGGCUUCACAUCAUCAGACUGAUGCGUACAGUCUUCUUUUCAGUGGCAUGUUAUUUUGCCGUUUGACUCCUCCUUUAUGUCUUAACUUCUUGGGAUUGACCCAUAUGGAUUCAUCCAUCUCCCACCAGAAUACCCAGCCAACUGCAUAUACAUCUAUCAUGGGUUCCAUGAAAGUUUUAUCCUUUAUUGCAGAUGGAUUCUAUAUAUAUUAUCCUAUGUUGGUAGUAAUUCUCUGCAUCGCUACAUACUUUAGUUUGGGCACCCGUUGUUUGAAUCUGCUUGGUUUCCAGCAGUUUAUGGGAGAUAAUGAUAUGACAUCAGAUCUAGUUGAUGAAGGAAAAGAAUUAAUCAGACGAGAGAAAAGAAAAAGGCAAAGGCAAGAGGAAGGUGAAAAUAGAAGAAGAGAGUGGAAAGAACGUUAUGGACACAACAGAGAGGAUUCCACUCGAAACAGAAAUGUUCAUCCUGAACCCAAAGAGUCAAAUUUCUCUGACACUACUACCAAUUGGUCAUCCAAAUACACCAGGGCUAAUAACAGGACUGAAAGAGACCGAAUAGAACUUCUCCAGGAUGCAGAACCUCUGGAUUUUAAUGCCGAAACAUUUACUGAUGAUUCUCUGGAACCGGAGUCAGGAAGGUAUCAACCUGGUGGACGAUAUCUCUCCAUGUCUUCCAGCAUAAUAUUUGAAGAUAUCUAAAGUCUGAAGUAAUUAAUGGAUCAAGUAACCAAGGACAACACAUCAGCUCAGCCUUUAAAACAUCUUCGUGCCCUGCAUUUCCUCUGUUCUCUCUGUAAACAGUGUUAGGAUAACAAAAACAGCAUUGAAAAUUGAUCACAUCUUAACAAUAUUAGGUUAUGGUUUGUUGAAUAGAGCAUCCUAUUUCCUGAUAGGUUUUAUUGGAUAGCAUCUGAAGCAUCUGCCUUAGAGGUAUAGUUAAGUGGAAGGACUCAACACAUGAUAAACAUAGACCUAACUUGGUUUCAUGCUAAUUUUUUAGGAGAGUUAUUUUAAAAUUCAAUGAAGCCAUAAGUCAUACUAAAUUCUACAAUUUUAUAACUGUAACUUAAAUUUUUAGUAUUUCUUUAAAAAUGUUCAACUUUUUCCAAAGAACUGAAAGUGAACUGAGACCUCAAAUAAUUGCCGUAUUCACUAAACUCAUUGUCUUAAACGGGGCUUAUGUAUCAGACAUAACUGAAUGUAAGCGGCUCUUCUUCAGAUCUGUGUACAUUUCCAUGGAAUUGUGCAUGGAUAAUUAAGAUGAUUCUUCAAUUGAUAGUGUUUGUGUCUUUAGCAUGUGUAUUCUAAUUGGGUGAUGUGUUAUUCUUUUCUGUCUUUGUAGUAACUGGACCUUUUUUAUGGUUUUGAAAUUAUUGCUUUGUGAAAUAUUUUCAUUUCAGAGAAAAAUAUUCAUCUUUAACAUUUAGAAUAUUAACUUGAUGCUAAUCAUCCCAUCCAAGAAAAAUCCUAAAUAUUAAUGAUAAAUAGAUUUGUUUGUUUUAUAGCCAAAGAGUUCCCCAGAUUCUCUAAUAUUUAAAUUUUUUAAGGUUUAUUUCAUUUAUAUGAGCACACUGUAGCUGUUUCCAGACACACCAGAAAAGGGGAUGGUUGUGAACCACCAUGUGGUUGUUGGGAGUUGAACUCAGGACCUUUGGAAGAGCAGUCAAUGCUGUUAACCACUGAGCCAUCUUUCCAGCCCCAAUUCUCUAAUAUUUAAAAGAUUCCUGUUAAUGCUCCUUGUAAAGAAAACAUCUGGCUGUUUCAGCUAUUGAAUGGUAAAAUAAUCCAUUUAUGAGUAUUAUUAACACUUAAAUUAUAGCUUAGAAAAAAUCAGGAAAAUAUAUUAAAAUGAAAAUGUAUAGUAAUAACUUGUUAAACAUGCUUAUUAUUUUAAAUUGGUUGUUUCAACCAUUGCAUUUAAGCCAAAGUUGGGUAUUGUGUUUAAAGACCAGAGUUUUAUUACCAAGUGAAUAUAGCUUAGCAUGUGUUAGCAGGGAUUGUUCUGUUUGUUCCUCUUACAGAAUACAUUCUGAAUGGGGUUUUCAGACUUGAACUUGUCCAGGACAGUUUCACACCUGUUUUCCUUGUAAUUAUUACUAAUGCUCCAGUGUUACUCUGUCAUAUGUUGAGGACAUAGUUCUGUGUAGGUAGGCACUGAAAGGAAGUAUUCAAUUCUCAUUACCUUUUUUUUAAUGGUUGCAUUUUUUUGUGAUCUUCCACCUAGAUUCCCCUUUAAAUAAUCAUCAAUAGAUAGAUUUACGCUGAAUUGAAGGUUGUGUAGCCUGCUCCAUCCCAGGACACAUAUGCAUAUGACCUUUUACUGUAAAAGGCAGUCAGAGAGCAGUUGAUUAGAGCAGUAAUAAUGUAAUGUUGUUUAUAAUUUCAUGAUUGGUUCCUGGAAUACCUUAAGCAGAUCACGGACCCUUUCAGUGCCUCAGUUUCUUCAUUUUCAGAAUGAAGGACUUAUUUACUACUUUCCUACAGAUCUACCUCACUAAGCUGUGUGAGGGAGUUAAAUUGAUGAUCAUGUGCUAGGGUUUAGAAAGACAAAGCAAGUUGUCUGCUGUGCUGCGCGCUCUCUCUCUAGUACUCUCUCCUAGUACUUUGAAGGGACAGGAAUGAUUAUCAUACAAAGGGGUCUUUGAGAAGCUUCAAAGUCCCCAAAGCAAAAUGAACUAGUUUAUGAAGUUCCUGAAAUAGUGAUUCAUUAUUUGUUCUGUAGAUUUACUUUGAAAUAUUUUUCUUAAAUAUGUUUUUGGUUUUGGGUUUUUUUUUUCCCUUAAUACUCAGAUGCUAUUGUCAGAGUAGAAGGAUAAAAAGAGAAGGGCUGUCCAAUUUUUCUACUAACUUUGAUAAUGCACUAAGACAGAUCGAUAGGAGUGUGCAAAGGAAUUCAGGAGCUUCCCUUUAAGGUUACACCAACAGAAGUGUGCCUAUACGUGCAGAUGCUUCACAAAUACUCCAUCUCAUUAUAGGGUUUUGAGUUAUUGCCACAGUGAGUUUUUGUUUUUUCAAGGAUCCAGAGUGUCCAAAAUUUUAAGGAGUUUUUCUUACAGGGCUUUGUAUACAACCGUAUAGAAAAGUGACUUUCCUGGGUAAACUUGAGUUUAGAGGGCAGUGAUUUCAAGCUGGAAGCCUUGACUUUAUUUCUGAGGAAUUAAGUUAAUAUUUAUUAAGCAUUGAUAGUGUGUACAAUAUUUUUUUCAGAUACUUAUUAACAUGUAAUGACACAGUAACACAAAUAUUACCACAGAAUUGGUAUGCUUUAUGUGCAAAGUGGUUUCCUUAAAGAAUUAUUUCUGGUACUCGUUUUCUUACAUGUUAACAGAUAUCAUAGAAUUAUCUAAAAAUUUGUUUUUUUGAGACAGGUUUUCAUGUAGCCCAGGCUGUCCUCAAACUGUGUAUAUAACUGAGGAUGACCCUGAACUCCUGGUCUUCCUUCACAUCUCAAGUUCUACAAUCAUAGAAAUGUGCUAUAGCACCCAGAUCAAUAUUUUUAACAUAAUUAUUAGUUAAGAAUAUUUAACAAGCUAUUAACUCAAAAUAUUAUAGAAAAAUCUAUAAAUUUCAAGAAUCAGCUAUAUGUAUUGUUAAUUUACUUUUUAAAACUAUAUAACCCUUUUAUUAAUAGCACAUUUUUGUAAAAAGAAUUUUCAGAAGGAUUAAAAUAUAAAUGUAAUUAUAAAAAUUUGCUAUCAGACCACAUCAUACAAGAGUUUUGGAAUAAUUUCAUUUCACAAAAGGAUCUCACAUUACAAAAGUGUUAAGAGUUCACUCAAAGCAUGAAAAGUUCCCAUUGUAAAAACAGAUCAGAUUGAGCGGUCCGCACUGUCCACAGAGAGGUCACUUGUUGAUAUGUGUCUGGACUGCACCAUUCAGAUGUCCAGUCUAACAUGUGAGCAUAAGAUCCAUUCAAACUGAGUGUGGGUAGGAAAGGCACCGUGUGCUUAAAGCAUAUUGUAGCGUGUGGAUGGACAAAUUUCAUUCAUGUUUAUUUACAGACCUCACUUUAUUCCUUUAAUAGGUUUAAGGAAUGUUUUCAAUAGUGUGUUGAUUGCCGUAUUAUAGGGAAAAUAAAACUUAAAACUUUCUUGUUGUAAAGUAAAAUUUAUACUUAGAAUUUGAAUGUGCCAUGCCUGGAUUCCAAGGAUGAUAGUACAUUUGUACUAAGAGACAAAACAUGUCCCUAAGGAGUUAUGCACACUUGCGUUUCAAAGUGCAAUGGACUAUAUGAUAUUUAACUUUAAAGCUAAGAGGUAAAUGCACGUAGGCUUUGCCUUUCUUUGUGCCUCCGUCCCUCCCACCUCCCUCUUUCCCUCUUCCCUUCACCGCAUGACUUUCUUGUACUGGUAGACUUUUCUCUUUUGUUUAUGUACACAGUUGUUAAUGAGCAGUACACUCAAAAGGAACUACUUGACUUCAAAUCCCAGUCUGAAAUAACAGUAUUGUACCUGAAGUAGUAAACCUCGUUUGCUGGACUGGUGGCCAGUGUCUGAACAGAAGCAUACUGAAUACUAGCUCGAUGCAUUUUCUUUGGCGUUACUAUGGAGUAAAAUGUAUUUUCAUGGUAAAAUUUUGUAUAAAAUGAUUUUAAGAUACCCAACAUUAAGAACUAUGAGAUAUUUCAUCAUAAAAAGGAAUUCAUAAAAAUGCUCUGUUUAAAAGUGAAAUAGAUUAAGGGAUGAAGAGGAGUGAAAUUUGAUUUUUUUUUUUUUUUUUUUUUUUUUUUUUACACAGUACUUUUGUGGCUAGAGACUUGUUAGACUAGGCAGGUUUAGCAGCGCUGUUUCAGCUCCUGGAUCUCCGCCCUGUGAGUCAUCUUCCUGGGCAGGCACUGCCCUCCUUUCUGCUGCCCAGGGAACAUGCUCGCACCUCCAGGUCCUUCCGUAUUAGCCACUGGAACAACAGCACAGUUCCAUUUUCAAAUCAUUUGUGCGUUGAGAUCAGGUGAAGUCUUGCUAAAUUUAAAAUGUUCUUGAUCAAGUAAGACUACAUAAUUCUGUUACCACUAUCCUAAAAGGUGUUUUUGCUUCUUCCUAGAAAACCGUUCCUUUUAUGAUUAUAUUGAUUACUUGUAAACGUAUUUUGCUGUGCUUGGUGCAAAAGAAUAUUGGGAAUGGCUGACUAUUGCAGUUGGUAUUAUGACAUAAAUCUCUGUCUUUAUUGAAAGAAUACUGGCUAAUAUCUUCCCUGUUAGGCAUGCCAAGUUGUAGGGGAGAGAUUGUGUUAUUUAUUUAUUUUUUUAAACGAUCCAAUGGAUUUGUUUUUGUCUUUAUUUUGAGAACAACUUGAAGGGUUUUUUUUUUUGUCAUUUUAGAAGAUAGAAAGUAUGUAUACCUAUCUUUUAAAUUACUAUAAUCUAAUAUAUAUAAAUUAUAACAUUGAAAAGUACAAAAAGCUCUAAUUAUUGAUGUUGUUAUUUUCCUGGUAUUUAAUUUUUAUAAAUUGUUUUGUAGGUAAAUAAUUGUAGUAUUGCUUUUGAGUAGUUUAAAGUCAUUCUUAAAUAAGUUCUGACUCAACAUACUGCCUUAGGACAACAUUCUAAAGUGAAGUACUCUUAUGUGACUUUGAAACAUGCCUGCAUUUCCUAAGUUUCUUCAUAUGUAUAUGUGCAUAUACCAGUAUCCAAGACAAGCAUACCUGAAGCCCGACUUCCACAUUGCAUUGAUAAAGAGCUUGGUAUUUUGCCUUCAUAUAAUUCAGUUGCCUGGGUGAAAUAGAACAUAAAUUUCUUCAAAUGUCUGUCCAAUCACAAUUUUCAAAAUGGUAACUUUUUAUUUGGGGGUGCAUGAUGCCAAGUUUAUCUUUAAUCAGCUUUUAUUACUGGAUGUAUAACAACGGAUAUUUUCCUACCUGGUCAGUAGGUUGUAGAUUUAACUUUUUUUUCCAGUAGAUUCUCACUACAUUUUCAAAUCUAUAUUUGGAAAAACCUGCAAAGUGCUAUCAGUAAGUUAGUUAGCAUCUUUGACUUUAUCUAUGCAUAACGUUUCUUAGUUUAAUUUUGACAAACUCACUGACAGGCAAUUCCUUUGUAGUGUUGUAAUUUUCUGUGAUGUAAUGAAUUUUUUUAAUGUUUAUAUGAUUCAUUAUUAAAAUAUAGAAUAUUGUGUAGCUUUGCAUGAAAUAAAUGAUAUCUCUAUGA